UUCAACUCCGCUCCUCUGCAAGCCGACCAACAAGCAGCAACUUGUCCGCCAAUGGCCGCUCCCGCGUCCGCCACUUCCUCACUCUCUCUCAUCAACAAUUUCUCCUCCUCUUCCUCCUCCUCCUCCUCCACCGCUUCCUCCUCUAAGCUGCCUUCCCUCUCUCCCAGAAUCAUCAGAGCUUUUGCCCCCAAUUCCUCCUCCGUGCCCGCUCCUUCAAGGUUCGUCCUAAAGCGGUCUCACAGGUUGAUCGCUUCCCCCUCCCGAAUCUUUCUCCUCCUGCGGAGGUUUCCCUCGGCCGCCUCCAGUGGGGGUGUCGUCUUGUCCUCUGCCUUUGACUGCCUCUUCGCCUUUCUCACCUCCGUCGCCCUCUCGGCCUCGCUUAUCCUUACCGACGUAGCUCCCGCUUCCGCCUUUGUCAUCACUUCCCCGAGGAAGCUCCAGUCCGACGAGCUCGCCACUGUCCGGCUCUUCCAGGAGAACACCCCCUCCGUCGUCUACAUCACCAACCUCGCCGCGCGGCAAGAUGCUUUCACGUUGGACGUGCUGGAGGUGCCUCAGGGCUCGGGCUCGGGGUUCGUCUGGGACACCAAAGGCCACAUCGUGACAAAUUACCAUGUCAUCCGUGGCGCCUCCGACCUCAGGGUGACACUGGCUGAUCAGGCGACAUAUGAAGCACGAGUAGUGGGAUUUGACCAAGACAAGGAUGUUGCUGUUUUGAGCAUUGAUGCACCGAAGGAAAAGUUGAGACCGAUACCAGUUGGCAUAUCGUCAGACCUGCUGGUGGGUCAGAAAGUUUAUGCUAUUGGAAAUCCUUUUGGCCUCGAUCACACACUUACUACAGGAGUUAUCAGUGGACUGAGGAGAGAAAUAAGCUCAGCAGCAACAGGACGUCCUAUACAGGAUGUAAUACAGACUGAUGCUGCUAUAAACCCUGGUAACAGUGGUGGUCCACUGCUUGAUAGCUCUGGAAGCCUGAUAGGUAUAAACACAGCUAUAUACUCCCCUUCUGGAGCAUCCUCUGGUGUUGGAUUUUCCAUUCCAGUUGAUACAGUUAGUGGUAUAGUAGAGCAGAUUGUAAAAUUUGGUAGAGUGACAAGACCAAUAUUGGGCAUAAAAUUUGCACCAGAUCAGUCAGUUGAACAGCUUGGAGUCAGUGGAGUGCUUGUCUUGGAUGCUCCACCCAAUGGCCCAGCUGGAAAAGCGGGUCUGCAAUCAACCAAGAGGGAUGCAUAUGGUAGGCUUGUUUUGGGAGAUAUUAUCACGUCAGUGAACGGGAAAAAAGUCACAAAUGGAAGUGACUUGUAUCGGAUCUUGGAUCAAUGUAAAGUUGGUGAAACGGUGACAGUGGAAGUUUUGCGAGGCGACCACAAAGAGAAACUUCCUGUAGUGCUUGAGCCAAAGCCUGAUGAAUCAUAGGGGUCAUCACCAUAAACCUCAUUUGGAUUUUCAUUCAUGUCACUGCUUUGUAUAUGAAGUCUAUUGGUUGCCAUUGUAUCAUGUACUGUUAGGUUCAUAUCAAGGAAAUUGCCCUUUUACGCA